AUGUCUCAUUUCAUUUGUAAUUACAAUUGUCUACUUUCUUCUAAUGAUGAGUUGGAAACAAUUGUAACUGCCUUUUUAAUUGAAGAUUCAUUGGAUGAUGGAGAAGGUUCGCGAUCACAGAUCAUUCUCGGCAAGCAACGACAUGCGUUUAUUAGGAGAAAUCCUUUGGAGGGUCACAUACGUCUCUUCAAUGACUACUUUGCUGAUGCAUCGGUAUAUCUUCCUAAUAUAUUCAAGAGGAGGUUUCGAAUGAAUCGUGACCUCUUUCUUCGAAUUCUUAACAAUGUGGAGAAUCAUGAACCAUACUUCGUUCAAAGAAGAAAUGUUGCUGGAACUCUUGGGCUUUCUUAUUUACAAAAGGUGACUGCUGCCUUGAGGAUCCUUGCUUAUGGAGUUGGAGUUUAUCUCAUGGAUGAGUAUGUAAGAAUUGGAGAAACCACAACAAUAAAAAGCAUGAAACUUUUUGUCAAAGCGGUAAUCUCAAUCUUUGGAGAUGAGUACUUGCGGUCUCCAAAUAGCAAUGACAUUGCUAGAUUGCUGGCAGUCGGUGAGAAACGGGGAUUUCUAGGUAUGUUGGGGAGCAUUGACUGCAUGCACUGGAAAUGGAAGAAUUGUUCGACUGCAUGGAGAGGUAUGUAUACUAGUCAUGCACAUGAGCCAACAAUUAUUUUGGAAGUAGUGGCGUCUUAUGAUCUUUGGAUAUGUCAUGCAUUUUUUGGUUUACCUGGGUCACAUAAUGAUAUCAAUGUGCUGGAAAGAUCUAAUAUAUUUACAGAACUUGCUGAAGGUCGUGCUCCUAAAGUUAAUUACUCAAUCAAUGGCCACGAUUACAGUAUGGGAUACUAUCUUGCAGAUGGAAUCUAUCCUUUAUGGUCUACAUUUGUCAAAACCAUUCCAACACCACAAGGUCGUAAAAGGCAAUUGUUUGCAUCAGCUCAAGAAUCUACGAGGAAGGAUGUCGAACAAGCAUUUGGAGUUCUAUAG